GAAAAAGAGGUGGAGGAGGAGAGAGAGGUGGAGGAGAGGCGCAGCAGCAACAGGUUCCCUCUCAGCAUCUUCUCCAUUCUGGCACCGGGAGGUUUUCCAGUUUCGGGUCUUUCUGCAGGGAUCCGGUCAGUUUGCUGAACUGUUUUAUGUGAUUCUUUUUAUUCGUGAACUUUUCUGUUUUUUUUCUUGCUUAUUUUUCACAUUUUGAAGCGGCGAACCGAACUUUAAAUGCGCUAAAAUCCCGCCGCCGCCCCAGACCGCGCAGACAGCAGGAUGCCCGUCCUAUCGAGCCCAGACAGCGCCAACAGGUUCAGGGAGAGGUGGCUGGACCAGGCCGCCGGUUCCGGUUCUGCCCCCCUGGAUGACAGCCUCACCAGCCUCCACUGGCUGCAGAACUUCUCCAUCCUGAGCGCCGACCCGGAGCGGCUGGCCGGUACCGGCCCGGAGUGCCCGUCCUCCCCCCCCCACCUGCUCCUCAGGCGGCUCGGCUUCCCCAGAACCGGGACCGACUCUCCGUCCAGCCCGCCGGCCGGGGACACGGCGGCGGCCGCCGGGAUGCCGCGGUACCCGGGCAGCCCCGCCACCUCCGGCAGCCAGACUACCGCCGCGCCGCCGCCGCGGUUCUCCCAGCUCCCCGCACCGGGCUUCCCGGUCCAGGCGGGCCCGCCGGUGGAGGUGGACUACCGGAGCAACCCGAAGGUCAAGCCGCCCUAUUCCUACGCCUCUCUCAUCUGCAUGGCCAUGCAGGCCAGCAAGCAGCCCAAAGUCACGCUGUCCACCAUCUACAGCUGGAUCACAGACAACUUCUGCUACUACCGACACGCAGAGCCCAGCUGGCAGAACUCGAUCCGUCACAACUUGUCCCUCAACAAGUGUUUCAAGAAAGUCCCGAGGCAGAAAGACGAGCCUGGGAAGGGGGGCUUCUGGCAGAUCGACCCUCAGUACGCCGACAUGUUCGUCAACGGCAUCUUCAAGCGCAGGAGGAUGUCUGCCAACCACUAUGGCAGCGGCGGCGCCGCAGCAAGGCAGAGCAAGCUGGUGGAGGGUUUCCCCGGCAGCUGUCCUCUCCAGGCGGGCGCCAAGCGGAAGCAGCUGUCCUCCACCGACCGCAGCAAGCUGAUGCGCUCCACCGAGUCCCCGCUUCUCGCCAUGGAGGCCAACAAAGUCGACAUCCUGAAGGGGGACUUUGACCUGGGGUCUGUGUUCGAUGACGUUCUCGGCAGCGGCUGCAGCACCUUCGAGGAUCUGGACCUGAACACGGCGCUGAGCUCGCUGGGCUGCGAGGUGGAGGCGUCCAUGAACGGCCGGCAGCACGCGGUAGGCCCGGGGCGGUGGGGCGGCGCCGUGGAUGUGACCCACUACCCGUCCUACAGCUACCUGGACCUGAGCGACGCCGCCACAGACGGCACCGUCGGCGUGUCGCAGCAGCCGCAGCAGGACCAGCUGCUGCAGGGACAACACCAGCUGCAACAUCUGGACGAGUCGGCCACGCUGUUCGGCGAGCAGCCGGCGGACGCCGCGCUGCAGCCGUGGGAGGAGAUUAAAGAGGAGCCGCAGGUCAUUCCCCUGACCCUGGACCCGGGCUUUGGGCUUUACGAGGGCUUCUUCACCGAGAUGCAGCAGUGGGAACGAGCGGAGAGUUUCCUGUGAACUCAUGGAGAAGAGUCCAACCGCUGGUCGGCUCAAUGAAACGUAAACCAGCUACUCAUCUCAUCUCCUCUAAUCCGAUCCAGCAACCACUGAAUUAUUCAUUCACACUGAUGAGCCAUUAUGAACACCGAGCAGGUCUUCAUGUCUCUGGAACCGGGUUCUUUGGGUCAGGUGUCAGAUCCCAUCAGAUCAGAAUUUGGGGAGUAAACUCAUCAUCUUCUUCUAGCCUUUAAUAGUGAUUUUCUGCAGCCGGGUUCAUUUUGUGCCAUUUUGUUCCAAUCUACUUUCAUUUCAUACCUGUAAGCAAUUCAUUUUGGUUCCAUUUACUUAACCAAUGCAUAUCAGUGUAUUUUUCUUUGUAGUUGUCUGUUUUAAUGAAUAAUACAGAUAAAUAGUUAUAGAAUAGUUCAAUCUUAUUACAGAGAUGUUCACAAGUCAAUCUUUUCCCAGAAAGGUCUGAAGGCAUGUUGACCACUUUGUCCUUUUGCCAUUUCAUGUCCUGAUCGUCUGUCAGGGACUAUCCACCAGGGGGCGUUUGGUUUUUAAAGUACAACUAAACCCCAAAUCAACUUUUUGCUGAUAAAUUGUCUAAAUAGGUUCUUAAGAGUUCUGUGAUGUUUCUGUUUGCCAUCAACUGGAAGCAUCAUGCAUAAACUGUACAAGGACCUUAGGGUGCAGUAGGGUCUUAGGGUGCAGUAGGAUCUUAGGGUGCAGUAGGGUCUUAGGGUGCAGUAGGGUCUUAGGGUGCAGUAGGAUCUUAGGGUGCAGUAGGACCUUAGGGUGCAGUAGGACCUUAGGGUGCAGUAGGACCUUAGGGUGCAGUAGGACCUUAGGGUGCAGUAGGACCUUAGGGUGCAGUAGGACCUUAGGGUGCAGUAGGAUCUUAGGGUGCAGUAGGGUCUUAGGGUGCAGUAGGAUCUUAGGGUGCAGUAGGGUCUUAGGGUGCAGUAGGAUCUUAGGGUGCAGUAGGACCUUAGGGUGCAGUAGGACCUUAGGGUGCAGUAAGGUCUUAGGGUGCAGUAGGAUCUUAGGGUGCAGUAGGGUCUUAGGGUGCAGUAGGAUCUUAGGGUGCAGUAGGGUCUUAGGGUGCAGUAGGGUCUUAGGGUGCAGUAGGAUCUUAGGGUGCAGUAGGGUCUUAGGGUGCAGUAGGAUCUUAGGGUGCAGUAGGGUCUUAGGGUGCAGUAGGGUCUUAGGGUGCAGUAGGGUCCCACAGUAGUGUAGGGUCUUAUGAUGUACAAAACCUUCCCUGCUGGGUUGAAACUGACCAACGGUUGGUAAAACAUCCUCAGCAGUAAUCAGCUAUUUUUCAUAAUCGCUAAAGCAUCAAAGGACCAAAGUUAAAAAUGGCAAAGGGUUGAAGUUUCCAGCCUCCUGUCCUACUGAAGCCAUGGGGCUGCAGGGGAGGGUUAAUGUCAUGUUAGACAUUUGAUCGGUCUCCAAAAGCUGGCGAUGAUUGAAGUGUUGAAGCAACAUCCUUGUGAAUCCAGCAGAAAGUUGCUUUAUAACGAGAUGAACAGUGUUCCUCCUCCUACCUGUGCUGGUGCACCAUAAUGUCAUGUGGAUCAGUUCAUUUCUUUUUUCUCUAAAACAUGAUGGAGUGUAAUGUGUGUUUUAAAGACUUUUGAUUCUUUCUCCUGGUUGAAGGAGGUUGGACAGAAGACAUGUCAGUGAAAUGGAGAUCCAUCAGAUCUUAACCAUUUCAUUCUGGAAUACCAACGGAGUGAAAAUGGAAAAGUCUGGGAGGCCUGGAGCAGGACUAUGAGGGACCUGAUUGUCCCGGAGACCCCGGCUGCUCUGGAGUCGUCAUAGUAACAGGACUGAUGCACAACCAUCCUCCAUCGACAGACUCUCCAGAGAGAAACUCUGAAAACUGACAGGAUGUUACUGUGCUACAUUAGCAUUGACGUUUUAUACUAACUGUUUAUGUUUGAUGACUAAAGAUGAACAUAAAUGGAGAUGAAUAAACUUCAGAGUCAAUAAGAAGAGUUUAGAAAUCCACAACAUCCUAACAGCUGAAGAAGCUGGACAGGAUGAGCCGCCAUCUGUCCUGAUAAAACCAGAACAAGUUCAUCAAAUCUAACUUUAUGCACUUUUAAUAAGCAGCAGCAGUUUGGUUUUGUUUUAGUUUACUGUGUUGAAUUGUUUUUACUGAUUCUUAGCACAUUACACUGCAAUAACUCAAACUGGCUAGUUCUAGUAAGCUUCAUCCACGCUGUGUUUAUGGUUUUAUGUAAAAAUUUAUAUUUGUUGAUGAUUUUGCGCCAAAUCUGUAGAAGAAUUAUGCAGUUUGCUGUUAUUUUUUUAUUGAUUAAUCAGAAAAUGAUUAUUUGGUUUUAUGAUUGGCUGAUGAUUUUUUUAAACUUUCUUUUAUUUCUAUUGUUUGUUUUCACAGAUUUGAUCAGAAAUGGAGAGAAAAGUUUUAGAGAAAAAGUUUAUUAACAAGCCAGACUCUCGUUGUAAUAAGUUUGAUUAUUAUUGUUUGAUUUUGUGUUCAUUUGUACUUUUUUAAGCGCUUUGGGAUGCAAUCAUGCCUUAAUGCAAUAAACGGUGUCAAUUCAACAUG